UGCUUCGGCACCCCCGCGCGCCCUGCUCAACCUGCUCCUCUUCCGCGUGACCAGUCCGUAGUGAUGGCCAGCAACAGCGCCAACAACUUUCCCGCGGCCGGCGAGGGGGGAGCCGACCGUGCCUUGGGUUCCCAGCAACGCCGCGUACGCCGCCGCUGCCGCCGUUCCGCCCAGGUCACCGAAGAAAGGGAGGGUCCCGGCGUGGUACUUGCCGCCCGGUGGCGCGGGGCGUACGGGGCGGCUGGGAUGUUGGGGAGCUACCGGACGAUCAUGGAGGAGAAGGUGUCGCUGCGCCCGUCCUUCUUUACUUGGGCUGACGGCUCGCGCAUGCACUUCUUCGCCGUCUUUGACGGCCACGGUGGCCCCGAGGUGUCAGCGCUGUGCAGGGACCAUAUGCACGCAAUCCUGGCGGACGAGCUGGCCCGCGCAGCCGCAGCCUACCGAAAGGAGGACCAGCAGGACGAAGAGGCGGAACAUCGCGCCUGGAAGGCCGCACUGACGCGGAGCUUCGUGCGGGCUGACGAGCUGGGGGCGUCGGGGGUGCCCCGCGGCACCAUCGGUGGGUCCACGGCCGUGGUGGCGCUCUUGGUCCGCGGCCGCAUUAUCGUGGCCAACUGCGGCGACUCCCGCGCCGUGCUCUGCCGCGCCGGCCGCGCCGUCCCGCUCUCCGAGGACCACAGGCUGGACCGAGCGGAGGAGAUGGCGCGUGUCACGGCGGCGGGCGGCGUGGUGUUCAACUACGGCGGGGUGCUUCGCGUGCAGGGGAUCCUUGCCAAGACGCGCGCGUUAGCUGGCAUGCGUGCUGUCUUACUACUUACUAGCAAACAAGCCACCUUCCUGAAUUCGUUUGCUACUGGGCACACGCUCCUCAAGCCUGAAGUGAUAUGUGAGCCCGAGAUUACCAUAACUGCGAGGUCGGAGGAUGAUGAUUUCAUGAUCCUUGCAAGUGAUGGACUGUGGGAUGUGAUGUCAAACCAGGUGGCCUGCAGCGCUGCCUGGAAAUGCUUAGAAGAUAAGAGCUCCAAUGCUGGCAUAGUGGUUGGCCACGAGGAAGAGGUUCGGUGUAUACGCGCUGCGUUCGAGCUCACGAAUCUUGCCUUCCGCAUGCAUAGCCGAGAUGACAUAUGUGUGGUUGUGAUUGAUCUGAAGAUGAGGGGUUAG